UCCCAUAACCCCCUUGAAUGAAAAUCCAUUCAUUUCCAAGAGACGUGCCGCGACAAAGAUGUCGGACAAGAAACAGACUGUGGAUUUGGGAUUAUUAGAGGAGGACGAUGAGUUUGAAGAAUUCCCAACCGAAGAUUGGACGGGGCAGGAUGAGGAUGAAGAUGCCCACGUGUGGGAAGACAACUGGGACGAUGACAAUGUAGAGGAUGACUUCUCAAAUCAACUCAGAGCUGAGCUGGAGAAACACGGAUAUAAGAUGGAGACGUCGUAGUUCCUGUAAGAUCGACUCUGGCGCCGUUGGAAAUUGAUAGACUUAAGGAGAGCUUCGCUCAACACAACUUUAACCUGAAAUCUCUUUCUUUUUUUUUGUAACAAAUCUUGACACGAGUAAAGUGUUUGAAAAUUC